AUGGGCAAACAGUUGGCCGAGAUAUAUGGUGUUGGACAAGCUACAAUUUCUGACAUUAUAAAGAGAAAAUUUACUCAAAUAAAUUUUGUGUCAGUUCUUGAAAAUGAGGAUGGAUGUUCAUCGAGAAAAUCAAUGAAGGCCGCCACAAACAAAGAUUUGGAAAGUGCCGUUUUUAUGUGGUUUUUACAACAACGUUCUUUAGGGAACCCAAUUUCAGGUCCCAUUCUUUGUGGAAAAGCUAAGAUCUUGGCUGAAAAGCUGGGUUAUUUAUCUUUCAAAGCAAGUAACGGCUGGCUAAGGAAUUUUAAGUCUAGGCACGGUAUUCGUGAACUAGAUUUAAGUGGUGAAAAGUUAUCUGAAGACACCAAAGCUGCUGAAGAGUUUACUGAAAAAUUUAAAGCUAUAACAGCCUCUUACGUUUCCGACUUCUUAUACAAUGCCGAUGAUACUGGUCGAAUAUAUGGAAAGCUUUACCCAAAACCACUUUAG